AGUCAAUAAAACAAAACCAAACAUCCCUCAAACCCUAAAAUUCACCAUCGACGAACUAUUAUUUCAUUGCAAAUCAAAUGAAAAGGAAGAGAAAGAGAACUUCUUCUGCUCGCAAUUCUUCUUCUUCUUCACAACAAACAGUUACAUCUUAUUAUUUACCUGAUGAGUGUUGGGAAUCUAUUUUCAGAUUCAUCAUCUACGAGGACGACGAAAACCGUCACUACUUGAAUUCUCUAUCUCUCGUCUCCAAACGGUUCCUUUCCAUCACCAACAGUGUUCUAUUCUCAUUCACUAUCGGCUUCCACACAGACCUCAAUUGCCUCUUCAAAAGAUUCACCAACCUUAACUCCCUCAAGCUCGACUCCUGCGACUUUGAUCAAUUUCUCAUCAAAAUCUCUUGUAUCCCAAUGAAACUCACCUCGCUAUAUAUCUCUUACUAUUCUACCAUUCCCGCAAACGUGUUGCGAGCUUUUUCACAAAAGAUUACAACUUUGACCUCUCUCACUUGUUACCCAAAAUUCCCAAAUCAUUCUCUUGAUGCCUCUGGUUUAUUCCUCAUUGCAGAAUGUUUUCCUUUGCUCCAAGAACUCGACCUCAGUUAUCAAUAUGGUUGGAAAAAUUACAGUAGCUAUGUAGAUGUAGUAGAGGCUCUUUCACUUGCACUUAUCAAACUCCGCAAGGUUAAUUUUUCCGGAUUUCACAUAAACAACCAAUCGCUUUUCCACUUGUUCAAUAAUUGUAAGCAUCUUGAAGAGGUCAUUUUGUUUAAUUGUGAUGAAAUAACCAAUGAAGGAUUUGUUUUUGCCCUCCGUGAGAGACCAACAUUGACGUCUUUAUCGUUUUCCCUUUCCUAUAAAAGUGCCGAAUACAGGAAAGUGUUUUCUACUUCACAUUUUAUUAACUCAUUGGUGAAUUUGAAGGGUUUGACUUGUCUUGUUUUGCAGUCGUUGAUUAUCACAGAUGAACUGCUAUAUUCUAUUGCAAGGGAAGUUCUUCCUUUGACGAGGCUUGACCUCCAACAUUGCACUAACUAUAGUUAUAAUGGAAUCCUUUGUUUGUUAUCCAAUUGUCAAGGUAUCAAAUAUUUGGAUCUUCAAGGUGCUUAUUUUCUGGAAGAUGAACAUGUUGUCAAACUAUCUUCGUUGCUUCGUGAUUUGGAGUUUAUAAACCUUAGCUGGUGUGCUAAGCUCACAAAAUCAGCCUUGUUUACACUCACUAAGAAUUGUCCUUCACUUAGUGAGAUCAAAAUGGAAUCUAUUGGGAGCAAGAGCGUACAUAAUUCUGAUUCUUUUGUGGAGUUUGGUGUACGCCCUCAAUUAAAGUCUCUCUAUCUGGGACUAAAUUCAUGGUUAAGUAAUGAAAGCAUCAUAAUGUUCGCUUCCGUUUUUCCCAAUUUGCAACUGCUUGAUUUGUGGUCUUUCAAACCUUUAAAUGACAUAUCUGAAGGAAUUUGUGAAGUUUUAAGGAAAUGCUCUAAGAUUAGGCAUUUGAAAUUAAACGGUUGUUCAAGAGUGAACCUACUUGGACUGAACUUUGUUGUUCCGAAUCUGGAGGUGUUGAACUUGUCAGGUACAAUGGUUAAUAAUGAAACACUCUAUGUGAUCUCAAAGAGUUGUUGUGGGCUUUUGCAACUAUUACUUUACAAUUGUAAACCUGUCACACAGAAGGGAGUGAAAUAUCUGUUAGAAAACUGCACAAAACUGAGAAAGAUUAGGGUGAGGAAGAUUCAUGUUAGUACCGAAAAUAAGAAAUUCUUCUCGCGUCAUGGAUGCCAUAUUCAUUAUUGCGACUAAUAUUCUGAAAGUGCUAUGCUGAAUUUCGAACAGUUGUUAUUGUUUUUCGAUUUGCUUAUCUGAGAUAUUAAUUAAUUUUUUAAAAUGGCAACUUGCAGAGGGGCAUUUACUCAUUAGUGCAUAAUAUUUAUUUAGAUAUGUAACUCUGUUGUAUGGAAUAUUUGGACGUGCCGGAACUCGGUCUUAUUUGAUAACGACAAUUGUGUGGUUUUAGACUUGGUGGAAUGGGUGAAGAUUUCCUGGUGGAAGUGGUGGAUGGCACAUUCAAAGACAUCUCACUGCCUGCUAUACGAAUGGAAAGUAGAACCGCGACUGUGUAUUCUGAGAUAGUUCGAUCUGCAGUUCCUCUCUUGUUGCUUCUGUGGCUUGGUUUUGUGGUCUUUUUAUGCUCCUGCGGUUCUGUUUAGUUGUAACUUGUAGUGCAGUUUUGUUUUAGCUGAUACUACCUUUUUUUUUUUUGCCUUUUCUGUUGUUUCUUUCAGUGUGUCUAGCACUUCUUGUGCUGUUUCAAAAAAAAAAAAAAGAUUACUAGAGAUUCAGGGAAGAUGGUUGGAGUUCAAAGAAAUUUAAGCCAGUUUUGAAUUAAAGAAAUAGCUAGAACUGGAAGCUCAUUGUUAUUGUUUAUUCUGAUUUAUGGAUUCCCUAUGCUUUUCUAUUUGCUAAUGAAUUUGAUGAAAUGUAUCAACCUUAGGUUAAUUCCAAAUUAAAAUAGUUUCUAAGUUAUAGGUGCUUAUCUAUGGAAAACUUAGAUCAGAGAGUUAUCUAUAUUAUAUAUAAUACGGAAAAUGGUGUCUUGUGAAAUAGAAACAUUGUUGGUAUUUCAAGUAUGAAUUGAGUCCUAUAUCUGAUGGAAAAGUGGAUGUUAAACAUUUUAUAAGUGAGAAGACUCAUAAAUCUAAUGAUUUAAGGUUUUUGGUAAAAGUGUGUUGUCCAAUUCACUUGUAUAAAUGCUAUGAGCCCAAUUUAGAUGAUCCUCAGACCCCUCAUAACCCAAGGCAAAUGACAUUAAUGAUAGUAUAGUAUUUCCUAUAAAACUUGCAAAACAUGACAUUAUAUGACAUUGUAGUAGAAUUGAAUUGCUUCCUCAUGCUGUUAUUUCAUACUCCAAUAUCUGUCACCUAGAAUCCUUGGUGGUUUUUUUUCUUUUUCUUUUACCAGCACAAUAAUAGUAUAUAGUAUAUAUAUUGAAUGAAAAAUAAGUACAAAUAGUACUAAACCCACAUAUUGGGAUGAAGUACAAAGAAGCUAGAAAAACAUUCAAUUUUCAAAGCCAAAAGUUUUGGUCUUGUUGGCUUAAAAUGUGAAAUUUUUCAACUGACUUGUUGAGUUGAAACUACCUAAUAUAAUUGCUGGAGUUC